AAUCUCUUGAAUGAGUCUCCUACCAAAGUAAUCUCGUAUGGCAAAGCGCAUGACACCAUGGCCGACUCACAAGCGAUACAAGCCGGCCACGGCGUUGCCACCUUUGUACCAGUCGGUCGAGUCAUCAAGAUUGUGCACAAUUCCGAAUUGCAAUCAAUUGAUAUCUGGGCUUUUGUGCUUUCGAAACCCGAGGUUCGACACCCGGACGAUCUUGAAAAGAAUCAUCCUCAAAGCGCAGCGCCGCAGAACACGUCUGUUAAAGGCUCCAAGAAGAAGAAUGUGAAGGCCUCGGAUCUACCGAGUCAAGACGAUGCCGAAAAAGCCACCAAAGGAUAUUUGGAAGCGAUUGAGAGUAAGCCUGAUCCUCCCAAGAAGAACACUUGGGCCUCUUAUGUUCCCACGUCGUACGUUCCAUCCUUGAGCUUCGGCAAGAAGAAGGACGACAAGAAUGCUGCAGUUACAGAUGAUCCUGAGGAAGAGACUGAACAACAGAAGAACUCGCGGACUUGGGCUUCAUACAUUCCAACUGGAAAAGGCUUUCGGUCUUAUAUACCAGAUCAGGCCAAGGACACGCUUUCGGACUUUGCAAAAUCGGUGAGUGGUUCAGUAGGCAACGUGUGGAAGUGAUGAUCAAGAGAUGGGUUGAGAUCUCCAGGCCAAGAUCAGCUAACUCAGUUCUUUGCAUCAGCACCAGCGUGAUCCAUCCAAACCGUACUUUGAACAGCUUCGUGCCUUUAGCAACACUCCUGUAGGUGCAGCAAGCCUCUCCGCACUCACUGG